AUGUACAUAAUUGCGACAUCAACCAGUGCGAGUACAGCGCAAGUCUUUACGAUAAACAUUACGCCCGAAAACGACAAUCCGCCUGUUUUCAACCCAAACGUUUAUUUCGUUUCCGUCGCCGAAAACACUGCAGCAUCCACGUCGAUUGCGCUGCUGACGGUCACAGACGCUGAUGGUACUACACCUACCAUAUCAAUCUUUUCUGGAAACAACGACAACAAGUUUGAGCUGCGAGCCAGUAACACGAAGGAGAUCAUUACACAGACAGCUGAUCUCGAUUAUGAAGGAACAACUAAUUCAUAUGUCCUUAUCAUUCAUGCAACGGACACUGCUCAAGCAUUCACAGGAGCUAUCAUAACAGCGACAGCAACCGUCAUUAUCACGGUUGAACCAACUAACGAGCAUAUGCCAGCGUUUUCACCCACCAGUAUCACCAAUACCAUCAACGAGAACAGCCCUAUAGGAACCAUGAUAACCAAUACCGUUGCUACAGAUGGAGAUUCAAGUCCCCAUGGCAUUGCGAUAUAUUCAAUAAAUCAAGUAACCCGGAAUGGUGCUGUGACGACUGACGCGUAUUUCGCUAUAAACUCGUUGACUGGAGAGAUUGAGCUAGCAAAAGAGUUCGAUUAUGACGCACUACCGACCGGAGACAAAACCUUUCAAAUUGAAGUAUACGCGAUCGAUGGCGGGACACCGGCUUAUACGGGUUCUGCUACAGUUACGGUAACCGUGCAAGAUGACAACGACGUAGCACCAACCUGCAGCCAACUGCUGUAUGUUCUAACGGUUCCAGAAAACAGCUCUUCUUCUUAUGAAGUUAUCCCAGACCUAGGCUGUACAGAUUUAGACAGUACCUCGCUUACAUACACUGUGCAGCCUUCCACGAUGACAGCUUUCUCCGUCGAUACUUCUGCCAGUAUGGUGAAAUUGAAACCUGCAGGCACUUUGAAUUACGAAAGCGGCACUACCAACUAUGCGUUCACAAUCGAGGUCACCGACAGCGUCCAUACCACCACCAUAUCAGUCGGUAUAACCAUAACGGAUGUCAACGAAGCUUCACCUGUGUUCAAUCCCAGCUCCUACACCAAUAGCAUCGCUGAGGACACCACCCUAGGCUCAAGUGUUAUCACUGUAACCGCCACGGACGCUGACACUGCUGACAAGUUUGUUUACUCCAUAAUUAGCGGAAACAAUGACAACAAGUUUGCCAUUGAUUCCGACACCGGUCUAAUAAGCGUUGCUGGGGAAUUGGACGCCGAAUCAACGACGACAUACACUCUUGUAGUUAAAGCGAAUGAAGUGGCUACUACAAACUCGGCUACAGCAUCUGUCACGAUUACCGUUUCUGACGUCAAUGAUAACACGCCAAAGUUUGCACAGGACAUCUACUACGUGGCUGUCGAUGAAGACAGAACAGCGGGCCCUUUGCUCACGCUUACUGCGACAGAUGGAGACUCUGGUACGUUGUUCACAUAUACCCUCGAGGCGUCAAGUGCACCGGCUACGUAUACGUCAUAUUUUGGGUUUGAUACAGUAACGAGGAACCAGCUAAAUCUGCUCGCUCCGAUUGACUUAGAUACUAGCGGCGUGCAGUCGUUCUAUACACUGGUCUUCAUGGUGACGGACAACGGAAGCCCGCCUCGUUCCAGCACAUCGUCCGUUCUGGUGUCCGUAAGCUCUGUGAAUGAACACACGCCAACAUUUAGCGCUGUUACUUUUACUAUCGCUGAAUCGGCCAACCACGGUGCCCAAGUGGGAAUUGUGACCGCUCUGGACUCUGACAGAGGCGCGGAUGGCGAAAUAACAUAUACCAUUAUAUCUGGUAACGGUGACGGGAAAUUUGCGGUCGACCCAACUUCCGGCGCCAUUUCUGUCCUUGGUUCCCUCGACUAUGACAUUCUCCAGACGUACUCGCUUACAGUGAAGGCCGCUGAUGGCGGGUCGCCGUCAAAGACCGUCACUGCAGUAGUUACUAUUACCGUCACAGCCGUGUCUGAUGAGAAGCCAACGUGCACGACAAAUUCAUUUUUCGAAUCUAUCACAGAGCCUGGGGUUCAGAACACACAGGCAUAUGUGCAACUUGCAUGUUCCGAUGCCGAUGGAGAAACUUUGUCCUACUCACUUACUCGCAAUACCGGAGCAACAUUUGCCAUCAGCAAUACCGGCAGUAUUACACUUUCGUCUGCUGUUGAUUUCGAUGGCGCCGUCAAACUGUUCAAUAUGGAUGUGACAGUUACGGAUACUUCGAGCAACUCUGUUAUAAUUCCCGUUGUUAUUGAAAUAAAGCCAGCCAACGAAUUUGCGCCAGUGUUUCCAGUCGAUAUAACCGUGAACUUAAACGAGGACACGGCUGUGGGCAGUGACAUAGCAACUCACGUAGCAACGGAUGGUGAUUCUAACGACACCCCCGAUGGCGUCUUAACGUAUUCUAUUCAAUCAGUAACAAACGGUGGACUGAAUCAGUUCAGUAUCGAUCCGACCACAGGAAAGAUUAGUCUCGCAAGCCCUUUCGACUACGAAGCUGCUCAGUCUUUCGUCAUAACUAUAUUGGCAACUGACGGUGGCUCAACACCCCUUUCGGGUUCCGCUACAGUUACGGUAACCGUGCAAGAUGACAACGACGUGGCACCAACCUGCAGCCAACUACUGUUUCUUCUUACGGUUCCCGAAAACAGCGCUACUUUUUAUGAAGUUAUCCCAGACCUAGGCUGUACAGAUUUGGACAGUGUUUCUCUUACAUACACGGUGAAGCCUUCCACAAUGACAGCCUUCUCUGUCGAUACUUCUACCAGUGUGGUGAAAUUGAAACCUGCAGGCACUUUGAAUUACGAAAGCGGCACUACCAACUAUGCGUUCACAAUCGAAGUCACCGACAGCGUUCAUACCGCCACCAUAUCAGUCGGUAUAACCAUAACGGACGUUAACGAAGCUUCACCUGUGUUCAAUCCCAGCUCAUACACCAAUAGCAUCGCUGAAGACGCCAUCCUUGGCGCAAGCGUUGUCACUGUAACAGCCACGGACGCUGACACUGCUGACAAGGUUGUCUACUCGAUAAUUAGCGGAAACAAUGACAACAAGUUUGCCAUCGAUUCAAACACCGGUAUCAUACGCGUUGCGGGGGAAUUGAACGCCGAUUUAUCUACAACGAUGACCUACACUCUUGUUGUUAAAGCGAACGAAGUGACUACUACAAACUCGGCUACAGCUUCUGUCACGAUUACCGUUUCUGACGUUAAUGAUAACACGCCAAAGUUUGCACAGGACAUCUACUACGUGGCUGUCGAUGAAGACAGAACAGCGGGCGCUUUGGUCACGCUUACCGCAACGGAUGGAGACGCUGGUACGUUGUUCACAUACACACUCGAGGCGUCCAGUACACCGGCUACGUAUACGUCAUAUUUUAGGUUUGAUACAACAACGACGAACCAGCUGAAUCUGCUCGCUCCAAUUGACUUAGAUACAAGCGGCGUGCAGUCGUUCUAUACACUUGUCGUCAUGGUGACGGACGAUGGAAUCCCGGCUCGUUCCAGCACAUCGUCCGUACUGGUGUCCGUGAACACUGCGAAUGAACACACACCAACACUGAGCGAUGUUACCUUUACUAUCGCUGAAUCAGCCAUCUACGGUGCCCAAGUAGGAAUUCUGACCGCUCUGGACUCAGACAGAGGCGCGGAUGGCGAAAUAACAUAUACAAUUUUAUCUGGUAACUGUGAUGGGAGAAUGUUUGCGGUCGACCCAACAUCCGGGGCCAUUUCCGUCCUUGAUUCUUUAGACUACGAGACCGUACAAACGUACGCGCUUACAGUGAAGGCUGCUGAUGGCGGGUCGCCGUCAAAGACCGUCACUGCAGUAGUAACUAUAAACGUCACAGCCGUGUCUGAUGAGAAGUGCACGACACAUUCAUUUUCUGAAUCUAUCACAGAGCCCGGGGUUCUAAACUCACAGACGUAUGUACAGCUGGUAUGUUCCGAUGCCGAUGGGGCAACUUUAUCCUACGUACUAACUGGCAACACCGGAGAAAUAUUUGCCAUCAACAGUGCCGGCAGUAUUACACUUGCGGCUGCUCUUGAUUUUGAUGGCGCCGUCAGACUGUUUAAUAUGAGUGUGACGGUAACGGACUCUUCAAACAACUAUGUGAUAAUUCCCGUUUUCAUUGAAAUAAAGCCAUACAACGAAUUUACGCCAGUGUUCCCAGCCAAUAAAAUCGUGACUUUUAGCGAGGACGAGGUUGUGGGCAUUGACAUAGCAACCCACGUAGCAACGGAUGGUGAUUCUAGUGACACCCCCGAUGGCGUCAUUACUUAUUCUAUUCAAUCAGUUACAAACGGUGGACUGAAUCACUUCAUUAUCGAUCCAACCACAGCAAAGAUUAUUCUCGCAAAGCCUUUGGACUACGAAACCGCUCAGGCCUACGUCAUAACAGUCUCGGCAAGAGACGGCGGUUUACCCUCACGUUCGGCCACCGCAUUGGUGACCGUGAACGUUAAUAACGUCAAUGAUAACACGCCCAAGUUUGCACAGAACAUGUACUACGUUACUAUCAAUGAAGACAAGACAGCCGGCGUUUUGCUUACGCUUACCGCGACGGAUGCAGACGCUGGUACGUUGUUCACAUAUACCCUCGAAGCGUCAAGUACACCGGCAACGUAUACGUCAUAUUUUAGGUUUGACACAACAACGAGGAACCAGUUGAAUCUGCUCGCUCCAAUUGACUUGGAUACGAGUGGCGUGCAAUCUUUGUAUACACUUGUCGUCAUGGUGACGGACAAUGGAAGCCCGGCUCGUUCCAGUACAUCGUCCGUUCUGGUGUCUGUGAACUCUGUGAAUGAACACACGCCAACACUGGGCGCUGUUACCUUUACCAUCGCUGAAUCAGCCAUACACGGUGCCCAAGUGGGAAUUCUGAACGCUCUAGACUCUGACAGAGGCGCGGAUGGUGAAAUAACUUAUACUAUUAUAGCUGGUACCGGUAUUGGAAAAUUUGCAGUCGACCCAAAAACCGGCGCCAUUGUCGUCCUUGGUUCCAUUGACUACGAUCUAUUGCGUACAUGGUGGCUAACAGUGAGGGCCGCUGAUGGUGGGUCGCCGUCAAAAUUCGUUAAUGCACAAGUAACUAUAACCGUCACCAACGUGUCUGAUGAGAAGCCAAAGUGCAUGACAAAUUCAUUUUUCGAAUAUAUCACAGAGCCCGGGGUUCUGACCACAACAUAUGUAUCGCUUGCAUGUUCCGAUGCCGAUGGAGAAACUUUGUCAUACUCACUUUCUAACAACCCCGGACCAACAUUUGCCAUCAGCAGUACCGGCAGGAUUACACUUGCGUAUGUUCUUGAUUUCGAGGGCCAAUUUCGAUACUUCGAUAUGAAAGUGACGGUAACGGACACUGCGGGCAACUCUGUGAUAAUUCCCGUCUUUAUUGACGUAAAGCCAGCCAACGAGUUUUCGCCAGUGUUUCCAGCCGAUAAAACCGUUAACUUUAACGAGAACACGGCUCUGGGCAGUGCAAUAGCAACCCACGUAGCAACGGAUGGUGAUGCUAAUUACAGUCCCGAUGGAGUUAUUACGUAUUAUAUUCAAUCAGUGUCAAACGGUGGACUGAAUCUCUUCAGUAUCAGUCCGACCACUGGCAAGAUAAUUCUCGUAGCGCCUUUUGACUACGAAACUGCUAGGACGUACGUCAUAACGGUCAUGGCAAGUGACGGCGGCUCACCACCACGUUCGGCCACCGGACUGGUUACAGUGAACGUUCAUAACGUCAAUGACGCUACGCCGAGGUGUUCCUCUACGUCAAUGGCAGUGACGGUGUCAGAGGACAAGACUAACGGUUUCGUAGUCAUCCCUGACUUGCAAUGCAUAGACGCGGAAAAUGAUUCCCUGACAAUCGCCAUCAGAUCGCAGUCGCCAUCCAGCGGCUUUAAACUAGUCAAUGAUGCCGCCGGGGUCACCAGUCUUCAAGUUUCUACAAACCCCCUUAAUUAUGAGACGGCAAAGGACUACUUCUUGGAGAUCACUGCAACCGACACCGGAGGCCUCUUCACAACCGUCUACGUUGCCAUUAGUAUUCUCGACGUAAAUGACGGCCCACCCGUCAUACAGAACGAGCCGUAUACACCUACCGUUGCGGAGAACGUUGCCAUUGGCUUCUCAGUAACCACGGUUACCGCAACAGAUCCGGACGAAGCCGGCAGUGAUUUUGGCAAGCUCACUUACGCCUUUACCUCGGGCAACGCCAAGGGACAUUUUGUAAUUAACCCUUACACUGGAAAGAUUAUGGUCGCGGGUGUAUUAGAUUAUGAAACGGAUCAGGCCUAUACAUUGGUUGUUACAGUCACCGAGAAGACUGGCGGAGGAUCUGACACAACUAACGUCGUCGUCACAAUAACGAACGUAAACGACAACGUGCCGUCAUGCCAAUCUGAUAUGAUAUUUACUACAAACAUGGACGAGACGGAUUCGAUUAACAAAGUACUUUACGAUAUGACGUGUAGUGACACGGAUGGCAGUCCUUUAACAUACACGAUAACAACCGGAAACACUCAUUUUUUCGACGCUGAUGAUGCCACAUCGAAUUUAGUGCUUAAGAACCAAAUAGACUACGAUGUUGUGACCCAGUGGCAGUAUGAUCUCCACAUCACUGUUUCCGAUGGCACUUACAGCGUUGUAGUAAAAGGAAGCGUCAUAGUCAACGCAGUCAACGAACAUACUCCCAUAUUCACUAUGCCGACGAAUUUUUAUCUUGCGGAGAACACUGCGGUAGGUACGAGCAUCUACAAAAUGACGGCAACAGACUCAGAUAAGGGCGGCCACGGUGAUAUUCGCUAUUAUAUCCGGAACGGCAACACCGGCGUCGCAUUUUCUAUCAGCCCCUUCACAGGGGAUAUCUAUGUCGCCAACGUAUUGGAUUUCGACGUCGCUCCAACAUCAUACACGUUGAGGCUGGAGGCUGAGGAUACGGCUUCUACUCAAACUGACACGAGAACGGGAACAGUGACUUUGGUUAUAACGUUGACUAAUUUAAACGACCACACGCCGACGUGUUUCUCUACGUCAAUGGCAGUGACGGUGCCAGAGGACAAGACUAACGGUUUCGUAGUCAUCCCUGACUUGCAAUGCACAGACGCGGAAAAUGAUGCCCUAACAAUUUCCAUCAGGUCGCAGUCUCCCUCCAGCGGCUUUCAACUAGUCAAGAAUGCCGCCGGGGUCACCAGUCUUCAAGUUUCUACAAACCCCCUAAAUUACGAGACGGCGAAGGACUAUUUGGUGGAGAUCACUGCUACAGACCCCGGAGGCCUCUUCACGACCGUCAUCGUGGACAUCAGUAUCCUUGACGUAAAUGAAGGCCCGCCAGUCAUACAGAACGAGCCAUAUACACCUACCGUUGCGGAGAACGUUGCUAUUGGCUUCUCAUUAACCACGAUUACCGCAAAAGAUCCGGACGAAGCCGCCAGUGAUUUUGGGAAGCUCACUUACGCCAUUACCUCCGGAAACGCCAAGGGACAUUUUGUUAUUAAUCCUGACUCUGGAAAGAUCGUGGUCGCGGGUGUAUUAGAUUAUGAAAAGGAUCCGACCUAUACAUUGGUUGUAACAGUCACCGAGAAGACCGGCGGAGGAUCUGACACAACUAACGUCGUCGUCACAAUAACGAACGUCAACGACAACGUGCCGUCAUGCCAAUCUGAUAUGAUAUUUACUACAAACAUGGCCGAGACAGACUUGAUUAACAAAGUACUUUACGACAUGACGUGUAGUGACGCGGAUGGCAAUGCUUUAUCGUACACGAUAACAACAGGAGACACGCACUUUUUCGACGCUGAUGACGCCACAUCUAAUCUAGUGCUUAAGAACCAAAUAGACUACGAUGUUGUGACCCAGUGGCAGUAUGAUCUACAGAUCACUGUUUCCGAUGGCACUUACAGCGUUGUAGUAAAAGGAAGCGUCAUAGUCAACGCAGUCAACGAACAUACUCCCAUAUUCACUAUGCCGACGAACUUCGAUCUUGCGGAGAGGACUGCGGUAGGUACGAGCAUCUACACAUUGACGGCAACAGACUCAGAUAAGGGCGAGCACGGUGAUAUUCGCUAUUAUAUCCGGAAUGGCAACAACGGCAUCGCAUUUUCUAUCAACCCCUUCACAGGCGAUAUCUACGUCGCCAACGUAUUGGAUUUCGACGUCGCUCCAACAUCAUACACGUUGAGGCUGGAGGCUGAGGAUACGGCAUCUACUCAAACUGACACGAGAACGGGAACAGUGACGUUAGUAAUAACGUUGACAGAUUCAAAUGACCACACACCCGUGUUUACCCAAGAUUUGUAUACGACAACACUGGAAGAAAAUGUCGCAUAUCUGACAUCAGUUGUAACGGUCCAGGCAACCGAUAAAGACACCGGAAACAACGGCGCUAUCACAUAUUCUGUUGUUGGUGGAACGGGAUCGACCUGGUUUUCAGUUCAUGCAACUACUGGUGUUAUAAGCACUCAGGCAACCAUCGAUUAUGAGGUAAACAUCGCGUACGACCUAAUUGUGAAAGCUGUAGAUGGCGGAACUACGCCUCUUUCCGCAACAUGUUUCGUCAGGAUCGCAAUAAACGACUUGAAUGACAACUCUCCGAAGUUUCCCGCUGCUCAUAUUACAGUUGAGAUUACUGAGUCCACGCCGAUCGGAACUAGUGUAAUUACAGCUGUGGCCCGAGACGCCGACUCAUUAACCAACAAUAACAAUGUAGUUGUUUAUUUGUUAAAUCCGUCAUCAUCAAAGUUUAAAGUCCACCCAUCUACCGGAGUCAUAACAACAAACGAUCUGUUAGACAGGGAAUCGCAAUCGAGUCACACAAUAAUUGUGUAUGCAACCGACCAGGGAACGUCCCAGCGACAAAACACUGCCACCAUCACGUACACUAUCAGCCUCAUAGACGAGAACGACAACGACCCCGUGAUUCAAAACGCGCCCUUUGACAAGACCAUCUCAGAAGACACGCCGCUAAACACUGUAGUUUUCACAGUGAACGCCAAUGACAACGAUUUUGACCAGAAUAAAGCAUUGACCUAUUCGAUUUUAAACGGUAACACAGGCUCUGACUUUGGAAUCGACCCCUCGUCAGGAUUAAUCUGGGUCGUCAAUGCCCUCGACCGGGAAAGGACAGCAACGUAUCAUAUGACAUUGAAGAUUGUGGACAAUGGUUUGACUCCUAGAUCCGCUACAAUAACGUCAACCGUGACAAUCAGCGACAAAAACGAUAAAAAUCCAAUAUUCCGAUCAACGCCUUACGUGUUUACAAUCUCUGAACAUGUUCCGACGGGUACUCUAAUCGAUCGCGUUACGGCAACCGACGCUGAUAUUAAUCUUAAUGGAGCUGUAACGUUCGAAGUGGCCUACUUCAUAACUGGCAAGACCAACCAUAUCACACUGGAAGCCUCUAGCGGGGCCUUAACCACUGCAACAACUCUUGACCGAGACGUCAUGGACUUGUACGUGCUUGUGAUAAGGGCUAAGGACGGCGGUGCCGGGUCGCGAACAGCUACCGCGACAGUUUCCAUCAAGGUGUUGGACUAUAAUGACAAUGCACCAACAUUUAGUGCAGCGCUCUACGAGGGUAAAGUUCUUGAAAAUACCGUCGCCGGAACGAGCAUUCUCACCGUUGUUAUUGACGAUCUUGAUAUUGAUGAUAAUGCUAAUAUCACGCUCUCCAUCAGUGAUACAAACGCCAAUAUGUACAUCGCGGCAGAUUCAACGACGUAUGUACUCUUUGUGAAAACGCCGAUAGAUCGCGAGGUUUUCACUCAUUUCGAGUUCGUUCUGACGGCCACGGACGACGGGACGCCACAAUUAACAGCGACUACUACAGUACGCAUCACCGUUAUCGACGUAAACGAUAACGAGCCGCAGUUUUCACCUACGUUUUACAGCGGAGAAAUCGCUUACAAUGACGACUGCCAGGUCACGAUUACGACUCUGACGGCAAACGACGCCGACGAAGGUGUUAACGCAGACUUAACGUUUGCUUUUACGCAGAAUGAAAACCCAGAGCUUUUCUCUUUGAAUGCCAAUACAGGCGCUGUAUCACUUAUAGCAACAGCUUCAGCAAAUACGAAAUACAAGGUAAACGCAGCAGCUACUGAUGCCGGCUCGCCGUCAAAGACCUCCACAACCGAAGCGUCUGUACGUAUCGAUGUAUACGAUCCGACUUCUAUCGUCCUCAACUACUACAUGUCGAUCCCGAAGGUGAACUUCCUUACGAUGAAAUCGACAUUCUUGGCUCAAUUGACGACGGUCUUUAGGCAGACGCAUGCGACAUCAGAGGCGAAAAUAUGCUGCGUCACGGAGGAAACAUCGACGUCGUGUAUAGUCCGUCUGUACGUGUUAAAGGACGACACAGCGGACACGCUUGCGGAGAUCGAUAACGCUAAGAAUUUUCUGACGUCAGAUGAGGUAUACGCCAUCGCCGCCAAGGACACCAUUGGAACGCCGACAGACGACAUUAAAGGAUCUAUCUGGACGGCAUUCUCGAUAACGAAGGUGGAGAAGAACUAUGACCCCGUCCCGCCGACGCCGUGGAUCGAGACCGCCGCCGGCAUUGUCACGAUAGUCGUCACAACCCUCCUCUUCAUGCUUAUUGGCGCCGUCGUCGGCGUCGUACUGUACAAUAUGCGUCGGCGACCGGCAUUGUCACCGUAGUCGUCAAAAGCCUCCUCUUCCUUGUCAUCGGCGCCGUCAUAGGCGUCGCACUGUACAAUAUGUGUCAGCGAGAAACGUUAAGGAUCUGUGCAAUAAAACUGAUGAAUUUUGUAUGAUACAUAUUGUCCUAAAUUUUACAGUCCUUCAUAAUCCGGUUGUACACAACUUUUGUAGAACAAUAGGCUGGCAGACAAACAUAACAUGUAACUAAAAUAACUGUUUCUGUCACUAUCUUAUCAAACAUGCAAACAUAUUUGUCGACUAAUUUCUCUAUGAAACACCUAUUUAUCUGUUUGUUACAGUAAAAUAUUUCGCAUAUAGUUUUCAUUCAUGACUGAUUGCUAUUCAAAGUAUCAGUGAAAAUUGUUUUCGUUAUGUUGUAAUAUAAUAAUAAAAUCAUGAUAAAUAUAU